CCAACGGCCUUUCUCCCGUGUACAUAAAGUGAUUGUUCGGUCAAGGCGUGCUUCAGGUCAGACAAUACGAAUGCAUGUACUUUCUCACGUGCAUCUGAUCCGCGACACGCUAAAUUGCUUGGCCCUGCAGGGAUUUUCUGCAGCCUUAUCGUUAUAUAAGCAGGCCGUGGUUUCAGCCUUGCCAUGACAAGGCUCUCACACAAGGCUCUCGCCCCUGGUCUGCUCUAUGUAUAGUGUUAUACGACCUGACCAUAGGACCAGCCUGUUUCACCGUUCUAUGUGAGGUCGCUUCAGAAAGACUUCGGGGUAUGACUAUUGGAUUGGCGACCUGCACGUGCCACAUAUUGAACAUUAUCUUUGGUGUUGCGAUCCCGUAUGCUAUGGAUACUGAUGAAGGCAACUGGAAGGGCAAACUGGGUUUCUUGUUCGCUGGGAUCGCUGCACUUUGCGUCGUAUGGUGCUAUUUCUGUCUCCCAGAGACUAAAGACAAGACUUUUGAGGAACUUGACGUCUUGUUCGAGGAGCGAGUCGAUAGUCGGAGGUUUACGACUCAUGUCAUUCGACGAUCAGAUGAUGGUAAUCCUGAGAUUCACGGAGAAGCAUGAGGAGCAAGUUGAAGAAGAGAAAAGAUGAAUCUGGAUGUUGAGGAAAGUGGGCCUGAUGAGGUAGUGAGGAGGACGAAGACGGUACUGAACUACUUGGAGCAAGUAUGGACGGGAAUAGCCUUGGAGACAACAACACCGCAUGUAAACUUGCUGAUGGUGAUGACGCCGAAUGUCCUUGGUUUUAAUUGAUGUUGCAGGAUGGUGUCGAAUAUUAAGAUAUCGAUAGCGGGUUUGAAGUUUCCGAAUGCCUCGAGUGUGACAGUAAUAGAGGAAGCUUGAGCUAGCAUAACAUAUGGAGGGAUUGGACGGUUGCAUCAGGAUCGACUUCCUCAGUACUUUCUUAUGCCUGCAUGUUAGAAGGCCUGAUGACCCAAUCACAAAAUGUGUCAGAAUUGUAAGCUUGGACCAUGAAAAACCGAUGAUUAGUCUUUUUAGGCAA